UGCCGGCGUAGUCGCUGCUGUCGCUGUUUUCGCCGCCGCCAUUUCCACGGCAGGAAGAGUGAGGUUCUGGGGCAGGUGGAGGCGGCGGUGGAGUAAGUUUACAAACAGGGGAGCCUUUGCGUCUGCCUCCUCUGCCAGAUAUGGCCAAUGUUGGGUCCAGGCCCAAAGAAUGGACACUUAAAUUUUCAGGUGCUUUGUAACAGAGCCAGACUGGUUUCCUAUCUCCCGGGAUUUUGCUCUUUAGUUAAGAGGGUUGUCAACCCCAGAGCCUUUUCAACUGCAGGAUCUUCAGGUUCCGAUGAAUCUCAUGUGGCUACUGCACCUCCAGAUAUUUGCACUCGAACAGUAUGGCCUGAUGAAGUUAUGGGACCAUUUGGACCUCAGGAUCAGAGAUUCCAGCUUCCUGGAAACAUAGGAUUUGAUUGUCACCUCAAUGGCACUGCUUCACAGAAGAAAAACCAAGUUAAUAAAACUUUGCCUGAUGUUCUAGCAGAACCAUUAUCAAGUGAAAGACAUGAAUUCGUAAUGGCACAAUAUGUAAAUGAAUUUCAAGGUCAUAAUACACCUGUUGAACAGGAAAUUAACAGUGCAGAAACUUACUUUGAAAGUGCCAGGGUAGAGUGUGCAAUCCAAACAUGUCCAGAAUUGCUGCGAAGAGAUUUUGAAUCACUAUUUCCAGAAAUGUCUAAUAGCAAACUAAUGAUUCUGACUGUAACACAGAAAACUCAGAAUGAUAUGACUGUUUGGAGUGAAGAGGUAGAAACUGAAAGAGAAAUGCUCUUAGAAAAGUUCAUCAGUGGUGCUAAGGAAAUUUGCUAUGCUCUUCGAGCAGAAGGCUAUUGGGCUGACUUUAUUGACCCAUCAUCUGGCUUGGCAUUUUUUGGACCAUAUACAAACAACACUCUUUUUGAAACAGAUGAACGCUACCGACAUUUAGGUUUCUCUGUCGAUGAUCUUGGCUGCUGUAAAGUGAUUCGUCAUAGCCUCUGGGGCACCCAUGUAUUUGUAGGAAGUAUUUUCACUAAUGCAACACCAGACAGCCAUAUUAUGAAGAAAUUAAGUGGAAACUAACAGUAACAUCAGUUUAUUUGCUGUACUGUUUAUACAUGAUGGAUUGAUCUAUAAACACUGUCAAGACUUCAGGUUUUAAAAUAUACUUAUUUUGUAGGUAUUUAUUUCAAUAUUUCUGAAUUUGCAACAUUGGCAGGUGGUUUGAGGUUCUAAAUUGCAAACUUCAUUAUUGAUAUUUUCAUUGAAUACAUGUUGAGCACAUCCAUAUUGCACAGAAUGUGACAGUUAACAUGUAACCAGGGUAUGGUCUUAUUUCUCCCCUUUAUUGGAAAAACUUCAUUUUUAAUUAUUUUUCUCCAAAAAUAAAUCACACUUUUGGUUA